AUGAACACAGCAAAGGCCCAACAGCCAAUCAGUGACGCCUCUGAUGAGUGGGCAGAUCAGUACUCUCUAAAUCUGGCUGAGGCUGUGGGACAGUCUAGUUCUGCAGGCUGGAAAGACCCCAAGUGUGAUGCUGAUGGUCUUGAUGCUCUUCAUACACUUUUGGCCAUUGCAAGACAGCUUUGUGGCUGCCUUCUGCAGUAUCUGUACCAAGUUGAUCCUCCUCAAACUUUUAGGACACCUUCUCAUUCCUCCAGACAUCUUACAAGGUGUGGAGAUGGUAGCAUGAAGGUAAUUUUAAAUGGGAAGUUUACCAAAAAAUUAUCAGUCCUGUUGGAACGACAGCAUGCCUACAGAUUUUAUGUUGCUGGGUGUGAAACCUGUUGUGAUCCAAGUACAAAUCCAGCCUAUUCAGAGGAAAGAUUGGCUCACGAAGCUUUGCAAUUAGAAAAGCGUUUGAGCUUGCUGUCCCAUACGAGUCGCCAGGGCAGUGGAGGAGAUGACAGAAGUCUUUCAAGCUCGUCUUCAGAUACCAGCCACUCAGAUGUUGGGAGCAGAUUGACAAUUUGGCCUGAACAGUCUUCAGCCAGCACUUCUCAAGAGAGUCAUGGGCUGGCAGCUGCAAAGGGCAUUCAUCUUGGGGAAGAAAAGACCCUACCAGAAGGGGCACGUGGCACCACUAAACCACCUCCAAAGCCCCUCCGAUCCAGACAGCUACAGGAAAUAGGUCGUCAGAGUUCUUCUGACAGUGGAAUAGCUACUGGUAGUCACUCUUCUUACUCUGGAAGCUUCUCUUCCUACGCUGGGAGCUUGGACAUUUGCCACGGUGAUGAGUUUGGAUCAUUGCUAAGUUUGCCAUUGAACUUUCCUUCAGAUCAGAGCUUAUGUACUUGUCCUCAGAACGAGCCUCAGAGAGGUGCUGGAUCGGAGUAUCAGGUUCCCAGCUCUCUCAGGCAUAUUUACGAUAUACCCAGGAGUUUGUUACAGGCAGCUUCUAAAGACGUGCAGCCAAAGAGUGCAGAUGCCACACUACCAAAGGACCAGGCCUCGUCAUCUCAAGGUGCUAGUGAUCCAAAACUGCUGCUACCACACCUGGAAGCACGGAGGGUACCUGAGCACAGACAGGACAGAGGGAGGCCUUCAUUCUUACUCACAGAAAGCGGGAAGGACUCAAGUGAUGAGACGUAUGUGGAUUUUGUUUCGAGGUGGUCAGACACAAAACCACAAGGACAGGUGUCAGACUCCAAAAGUAGUGAGUUGUCAGCACCUAGUGGGGCCUCAGCUGACCCUUAUGACACAUGUAGCCCCCACCUUGGGAUGACAAGAGCUCUUUUUUCAGCUUGUCCAAUCUGUGGUGGACUAAAGGGUACAGCAAUAUUACAGUCUGGAGUCUUACCAGCUAUACCAGGUGGUGCUUCUGUCAUGGCACCUUCUGGGUCUCUGAAAAUACACAGAGGGCACAGUCUCCAAGCUGGUCCCAAAGGUGGUUAUGAGACCCUAACACUUCCUGCAGAACCUGGAACUCCUACAAGCUCUGAGGAACCUGAAGGGGCAGUAGGCUAUUCAGCUGACGUCACUACAUUGGAUCGACCUCACAGCGAAGCAGCCACCUAUGUUAAUAUUCCUGUCAGCCCUACUUCCAAAAAACAGCUUCAUUACAUGGAAUUGGAACUUCAAGAAUCUAGCACAAGCAUAAGAGGGAGUGGAUCAUCUCGAUAUGCACAGAUUGACAUUGCAGCCACUGAGACAGCCCACAAAGUGGGAACGCAGCACGCUCAGUGCCGGGAGGAACGCUUGCAGGAGCUAGAGCAGAAGAAGAAAGGGGCUCAGCAGUGA